AUGUACAGCGGACUACUGCCGAAAGGAAUAACUGAAGAAGAGCUUAGUCCAGACGAGGGAGAGGACGAGCAGGGAGAUAAUCAGCACAACCGGGACGGUAGAAGUGGUUUAGCUGAAAAACUGACGUGUGCCGCGGAUAACUCUCCGUCGGCCGGGCAGCUACAGUCAACCCACGCCGACAGAGAUGCUGACAUCGGCUCCCCGAGUAGCACUAUGCCCGGUAUAUCCCCGGAAAUGUGGCAAAAAUUCGAAGAACUGCGGAAGAAGAAAGAGCAAAUCAAGACAAUGAAAAUCCCUGAAAAGAGAAAAAGAAGGAGGCGCAAAAAGGCAGCAGAAAGUGAAGCGCCUUCAGAGACAAGAGAGCAUCAGGAGGAACGAGAGAAGCCCUGGAAUGAGCUUAAGCAGUACUUUGGUGUAAAUGAUCGAUUUCAGCCCCCUGCAUGCUCCAGACCCCCACCAAAGUCCGGCCUAGAAAAGAGCAUAGAGGAGGCCAUAGCUGAAGGGAACAUUGCAAAGGCGGAGGAGAUGAGCGACAGACUCGCCACUCGAGAGGUACGUUGA